CAGAGUCUCUUCUCAAAGGCUGUUUCACAGUGAAAAUAUGCUCAGUGCAGCCGAGUGCAUGAAUGAAAAAGCCUCCGGUACCGUCUAGUCUGGCAAAAUGCAGCACAAAACUCAACUUACUCUGCCCUUUCUACUAUCCCAGGUGCUGUUGCUUGUAUUUGCAGAAGAUUUAGAAUGCAUCCCCGGAUUCCAGCAAAAGGUUUUUCAUAUUGAACAGCCAUCUGAAUUCACAGAGGACCAGCCAAUUCUGAACUUGGUGUUUGAUGACUGCGAGGGGAAUGACAAGUUGAACUUUGAAGUUUCUAACCCAGACUUUAAGGUGGAACCCAAUGGAUCUUUAGUUGCACUGAAAAAUAUAACUGAAGCUGGCAGAGCUUUGUUCAUCCAUGCUCGGUCUGCCCAGGCUGAAGAUAUGGCAGAAGUUCUAAUUGUCGGAGGGAAAGACCAUCAUGGCUCUUUAAAGGAAAUCUUUAAGAUUGAAGAUGGCAGUCUUGGAAUUCUAAGACAAAAAAGGGCCAUUGUGGCAACACCAAUAUUAAUUCCAGAAAAUCAGAGACCACCAUUCCCCAGAGCUGUGGGCCGGGUUAUCGACAGCGACGGAACAGAGGGAUCAAAGUUUCGACUUUCUGGAAAGGGAGUGGAUCAAGAGCCAAAAGGAGCGUUCAAAAUCAAUGAGAACACUGGAGAAAUCUCGGUGACACGGUCCCUUGAUAGAGAAGCAAUUCCCACUUAUCAACUGCAAGUUGAGAUCACUGAUGUCAGCGGCAAAAGUAUUGAAGGCCCAGUCCUUCUAGAUAUCAUUGUUAUUGACCAGAAUGACAACAGACCCAUCUUCAGGGAAGGACCAUACGUUGGACAUGUCAUGGAAGGGUCACCUACAGGAAGCACUGUGAUGCGCAUGAUGGCCUUUGACGCUGAUGACCCUGCUACAGACAAUGCUCUUUUGAGGUAUAAUAUCCUUAAGCAGACUCCUGACAAACCAUCUCCAAAUAUGUUCUUCAUUGAUCCAGAGAAAGGAGACAUUGUCACCGUGGUGUCACCUGCAUUGUUGGACCGUGAGACGAUGGAAAACCCUAAGUAUGAGCUUAUUAUAGAAGCGAAGGACAUGGCUGGUCUUGAUGUGGGAUUAACUGGCACAGCGACAGCUACCAUUGUUAUCGAUGACAAAAAUGAUCACCCACCAGAAUUCACCAAGAAAGAGUUCCACGCCACAGUAAAGGAAGGAGUCACGGGAGUGAUGGUGAAUUUAUCUGUUGAAGACCGCGAUGAUCCAGCAACAGGCGCCUGGAGAGCUGUGUAUACUGUUAUCAAUGGAAACCCAGGACAGAGUUUUGAAAUCCAUACCAAUCCGAAGACGAAUGAGGGAAUGCUCUCUGUUGUCAAACCUUUAGACUACGAGAUCUCAGCAUUCCACACACUGCUGAUCAAAGUAGAAAAUGAAGACCCGCUGGUUCCAGACAUAGCCUACGGCCGCAGUUCUACAGCAACAGUUCAGAUCACUGUUCUGGAUGUAAACGAAGGCCCUGUUUUCCACCCAGACCCAAUGACAGUGACCAAACAAGAAAACAUCCCCAUAGGCAGUGUUGUGUUAACAGUAAGCGCCACAGAUCCAGAUAUCUUGCAACACCAGACUAUUGGGUAUUCUGUUUACAAGGAUCCAGCAGGAUGGCUGGAAAUUAAUCCUACAAAUGGUACCAUUUUCACCACUGCUGUCCUGGAUCGUGAAUCACCCUAUGUCCACAACAACGUCUAUACAGCACUGUUUCUGGCAAUUGACAGUGGCAACCCUCCUGCAACCGGCACGGGAACCUUACAGAUAACUCUGGAAGACGUCAAUGAUAAUGCCCCCGCCAUUUAUCCAACGUUGGCAAAAGUCUGUGAUGACGCAAAAGAUCUCAGGGUAGUGGUCUUGGGGGCAUCAGAUAAGGACCUUCACCCUAACACGGAUCCCUUCAAGUUUGAACUGAGUAAACAGUCUGGCCCAGAUAAAGUGUGGAAAAUCGCCAAGAUCAACAACACUCAUGCCCAGGUCAGCCUGCUUCAAAACCUGAAGAAGGCCAAUUACAACAUCCCAAUCUUGGUGACAGAUUCUGGAAAACCGCCUCUGACUAACAAUACCGAACUGAAAGUACAAGUGUGUUCCUGCAAGAAAUCCAAAAUGGACUGCAGUGCAGCCGAUGCCCUUCAUAUCAGCAUGAUCCUAAUCCUUCUCUUUUCACUCUUCAGUUUAUUUUGUCUGUAAGAACUCCUGACAUUUGAAGCUGUCCUACCGAGUUGCCAUGGCAACAAGAAAAGGAAAACAUCAAAUCCGAAGAUCGCAGUUUACAGUUACUGUUCUUCACUACUAGGCCUCAGUUGCUCCAGAUUCAAUUUAAUUUGCAACCUCACUUAGUCUAGCCGACUGUACGUCAGUGUUUGACAACCUCUGCCCUUACUGUUGUUCAAUAAUGGAUUUCUCUUGCAAGACGCAAGGUUUAUGCGAAUUUUCACUGAAUGUUAAAAGACCAUGACAUCUCAACUUGACCUUCUGGGAGCUGAAUAUAGAAUGACUCCAUUUUUUUUCUAUCUGUUGACUUGUUGCUAUUCAACUGUUCAAAAACAAAUAUUUUGUCUGUGGGUUGGUAUUUGUAGAUGUAUGAAUGUAUGUGUGUAUAUAUAUUUAUAUGCAGAGAAGAGAUACACAAUAGGGUUAGCUUUUAUGAGACAGUUGCCUGAAGUUGGGGAGGAACAGGGCAGAGUAACAGAGCCACAGGUGAGUUAUAAUUGUCCUAUCAUAGCUAAACCCAUUGUAUAUGCUGUUUAUACAAUGGUGUAACACAAAAGGCAAGAGCAACUGCGACUAUACCAUUAAAAUUGCCGCGUCAGUGAUGCCAGCUAUGCCAGGCCCAGUCCUCUGCAAUGUCACUUCUUUUACCUCAGGCUCUGUACAAGAGACGCAAAUUCCCAACACUUUAUUGCCGAUCACGAUUUCUUUCCUUCCGCCACAGGUGGUACUGAUGAGGCAGCAGUGAAAGCAGCUUUUCACACCACAUUACAAUGACAGCAGCCCUGGGAGAUAAGGAGGCUGUGAUUUGCAAGGGGGCUGAAAGCAGUCAAAUGCACUAUGGGUCUUUAUCUAGAAUAUUGGGACACUCUGGGCCUGAAUUUAAAGGGGCUUCAACCCAGCCUCUCUUUUUGCUCCUGCCGAUAAUUAUUUGCUGGCGCAGUUGAGGACAUUUUAAACUUCUUAGUGCCUGAUCUGCGGAGGCAAUCAGGUAGGUAGAUGUUUACAUGUCAGAAGGCCUAUGCGAAUAGUAGGAGUAAAGGGAUUUCUCAGAUGCAUUGAUCAUCUCUCUUUCGACUCCUUAACCACAAAGGCCUGUUCUCAGCUCUCAUUGACAUCCCUGAGCACAGUGAGGAAAAUAGAUGCCCUAUUGUAUAAAUAUAUUCAUAUAUACACACACAUACAUAUACAUGUACACACAGUUUUCAAUUAAAAGUAACAAGAUCACUUCUGUGUGUGUGUGAAAUAACCACACUUGUUUGCAAACAUUGAAUUAAAAGGUGUUCAUUAUGUAUGAAUAUUAAUCCUUUUUUUAUUCUGUGAGCAUGUAAGGUAAACAAAAACUUCUAACUGUAUCAAGAUGACGAUCCUGUUAAUAAAUUGUAAAUGAUCCAUCAAAGCUCACACCAAAUUUUUUAUAAAAUUAACACACACACACCCAAAAAUAUACUAGUGACAGACUGUGGCUUUUACUAGAGCUUGCCAGUAACUAGGGUGAGGUAAAUGUCUUAGAAUAUUUUAAUAAACUUGCUUAUUUAAAGUUUAAAUAACAAUGCUUUCUUAUGCAAUAGAACUUCCCAGCUGCAUUUUUGGGUUAGCAUUUUUACAGUACUUAUGGGUCAUUCUGUAUGUUGUCAUUACUACAGUGAGAUUAUACACAUACCUUCCACAUCAUGUAUAUGUUUCAAUAUUAAAGCUUUUUGGAAGUAUAAAAAAUAAAUUCCAAACACACACUUAGUUUUUCAUGAUGUUACACUAGAUAUUAAAUGUGUAUUGGUGGUGAAAAAUUGCUGUACAAUAGCUUUUCUCUGACUUCCUGUAUUAUACCAAAUAUUACAACAGGUCCUUUUAAACUAAAGUAAUAAUAAUAAUAAUUAAUAAUGGUGACAGCAAAAAAGUUAGUUUAUGUUGUGGACGUCCCUCAAUUUUUAGUUUUCUUGAUAAGAUAUAAACUGCCUUGAUACAAAAAGCUGUAUUUUUUCUCUGAGAGCUUAACUCUUGAAGUCCUCACCCAGGAAAAACUCCCACUGACCUUGCUUCUUUCACAACACAUCACAGGUGUCUGAGUUACCACAGUAGUACUUAGAGGUCAAUGGGAGGUUCUUUUGAGAAGAAUUUCAGAAAGGUUCAUUAGGCAACUGCAGGCCUUUAAGGCGGAAGUGCCUGAUCUCAAAUGUUACUCCGACCUGAACAUGGGCAUGCUUCCAUUCCACAUCUUCUGCCCCAGGCAUUGUGGUAAGCAAAUGCUGCUGUUUUAUAAUCACCAAUCACUUAUACAUAUAAACAAGUGUUAAAUGCAAAGUUUGCAAAAUGAAAAUAGAUGAAUGCGAAAUACAUUGUGGAUCUUUCCCAAAGAGGAAUUGCAUCCCAUGCCUUGAUCUACUAAACUCUUCACUUGAAUGUAAUGGAAACGACAACUAUCCUUCCACAUAAAUAUAUUUUUUCUAAUGGGAUACUUCCUCCCCCCUGCAUAUGGGCAUCAUUCAAAGUCUGUCAGUGAAAAGAUUCCCAUUGAUUUGGCUGCGCUUUGCGUGAGUCAUGAUGAGAAACUAUCCCUGCUUCUUGUUCAAAACCUAGCACAUUAUGGAUCCUCCUAAGAGGGCCCAAAUCCGGGAAUAAAACUUUUCUGUUUGAAUCUGUCCUAGCGACAAGCUGCUGGGUAAAGCCGGUUGCCUACCCUUUUACUGUGCAAUAAGAGUCCACAGUGCAGCAUAACAGCUCAAAUAAUAUUGCAAAAAAAUUGACCUAUACAAGGGGUAGUUAUAAAUGAGAAUAUUCCCCCAGUGGAGGCUCUGGAUCACAGAGGUACCAAUACCUCCCUGACUUUCUCAUCCAAAAUUGGGGGCGUUUCUGAAACCUCAAUCCCCAACCUCUCCUGUUCAUAUGCCCAAGGGCUCCAUCUUGAGUUAACUUCUGGGCAUCCUAGGCACGAAAAGAGGAGACAUAGCUGCCAUCUUAAUAUUUUUCCUCGUUUCCCAAUUCCCCAUAUUCAAGAAAGAACAUCUAUCAAGAAACCCAAUAGGCCAAAUCUUACAGCCUUAUUCAAGUGAGAAGCCACAUUAAAAUUUAUGGGUUUCCUUACAUGAGGGAAAAGGCCCAAGAUGAUGUUAUUUCCUGAAACUCAGGAACUAGCAGAAUUUGGAAGGAUUUCAUGUCAUGCAAAAUCAGAAAAGAUCAAAAAGAAAAACCUCAUAACUUUUGCUCUUCCUUUUUAUGUUGGAUUAAGUUUAAAAUUUGUUCAGGUAAUCUUUGCUGUUUUCAUAAUCCAUCAAUUAUUUUAAUUUAGCUAUUUUAGUUGCGACAACAUUUAUUUCUCUCUGUGUGUAUGUGUGUGUAAUACAUGCAAAGUUGUCUGUAUUUUGAAAGACACUGAAUUUAAUCAUUUUCAUUUUGAAGCAUACGCAAAACAGCGCUGGUAUAAAUCAUUUCAUUUCAAAACCUGUAUUUUCUGGUAAAACACGAAUCCAAUAUGACAGUUAUCAAGUUAAUCAAAGAAUGGUGUUGAUUAGCAGGGUGAAUGUGUCAUUUUCAGUGUACUUGCUAACUGAAAUGCUGUCAAUACACCUCAUGAGUGUGCUCGCAUUAUGCCUAUGUGCAUAUAUUAAUGUAUAUUAUGUUCAGUAACUGCAGGUCUGAAGAUCAAAACAAAAGAAAACCAGCUGAAUUUCAUGGUGGGUGUCAAAUAAUAUUUAGAUCACAGUGGAACAAUGUUUUCGUAAUAUAAACGUGGAGCCAGAUUCUCAUCACAUUUCCACCUAGAUAAAUCAAGAGUAACUCCAUUGACCAGAGUUAUUCAGGGUUUAAAAAAUUGAAAAUCCGCCCUGAUGUCUGUAAGACCCUAUACCUUGAGAUAUUUCAUCUCAUUUCUCAAUACAUUGCUUUUAUCAGUCUGCUGUAAAUAGUAAAAUAACAUAACUUGUCAUAAGACACUUGGAAAUCAUUUAUCUAUUAUUGUAGGUCUGGCUUGAACUUAGGGAAACCUACACUCUAGAUGACUCACUUCCUUCACUAACCCCUUUAAAGUAUCCCAAAGGUCCCCAGUACAAUUUUGUUUAACUUUUAUUUAGAAUGACCACACUUCUAGUCAAGUAAGUCUGGUUGGUCUCUGGGGUGAUCAUUUGAACUGUAAUACAAUCUCAUUUAUUAAAUUAAGGAUUUCCAGUCAGUUGAUAGGUGACCCAGUUUAAAGGCUUUAUUUUAUCAUUACAGAAAAAGAGAAGCAUGUGUGUUAUGGUUAUGUUUGUUUUACCAUUAGUCAUUCCUUUGCAUCACUAGUUUGCUAAAGCAUGGUGAUUGCUAAUUUCCCCCCUUUGUUUCUACCAAUACAUUUAGCCAUUUGAUCACACAGCAGAGUUUUGUACACAGAUCAUAUUAUUGUAUGUCCGGAAGCCAAAUUCUUAACAAAUGUGUUUAUCUCAUUUCAUGUAAAAAAGUUGAAUAAAAGAUGAAUGAUAAUAAAAAAUGACACUGGCAUGAGAAUAGCAGGUCCAAGGGAAAAUAUAAGAUUAUGUAUUCCCCUUACAGUAUCUGUAGAAACUAUUGUUGUCCCACGUGCUACGUCUCCCAAAGGUAGCAAAAAAAAAAAAAAAAAAAAAAAAACAACAACAAUUCUUUCCCAUUUAGCUCUCCGUGAUUUGUAACCUUGAAGUUCACAUGCAAAUUAUUUCAGAAAACAAACUAGAGUCCACAUAAAGCAGAUACAGAUAACUAUUUUACUGUGUAAAACUUACAGCCCAUUGCUGUUACUAUCCACACUUUACCUAACCACAAGUUAUGAUGACCGCUAACUUCUCAAUGUCCAAAUGAAAGGAAUACACACAUAAAUUCUCAGUGAAAGUUACUAGUUGCACAAUUGCUAUGUGUGUGUAUAUAUGUAGAUAUAUAGAGAUAUACACAUACAUAUAUAGAGCUAUAUAUAAGAUAUGUAGAGGGGGAGAGCGAGACUACACAGCAUGGGGAUUUGGAAUAAGCAGUUUAAUUCUAUGAAUUACAGAUGAACACACAACUCAAGCAGGGGCAUGGGUUAUGCAUGGUCAACCCAAAGUGCUGAAAAUAAAUAGUUUAUUCCCACCUCUGAUGUUGUAUUGAUUUAAGCCUCACUCGGCGCGCGCUCUCUCUCUCUCUUUAUAUUGAUUUACAUAAUUUGAAGAUAUGCAUACUUGUUUACUGACUCCUUUUGUUUUAGUUGUCUAUGUACCAGCAAGUCAGUAGCAGUGUGAAGGAGGAUACAGAAAGAAUCCUAAUUUUCUUCAAUAUUAGCAGGAUGACUAUAUGGAGUUAUACCCAUCCUCUGAAAGUUAGGCUUCUCCUCUGCAUUAAUAAGUGGCUGUAUUUGAUGUUUUGAGGUUAAAUGAAUGUAGUCUAAAGGGACAGUGCAUGCGUGGGCAUGCAUACGCGCCCUGCCCAUGAACUAGGAUUGUAAAAUGAAAGUGUGUAUGGUGGCGAAUUCAGUACAGAUAUGCUGUGUGAUUAAUUGAAACGUCCAAUGGUAACCUCCUGUAGCGUCACGUUUGCCCCAUAACGAACUCUGUCUCCUUCAAUCAUCACCAGGAAUUUUUGUUUGGAUUUGAAUAUUUUAUUCAGCUACUUUUCCAGUGAAUGGUUCCUUUAGGCCCUAGUUGCUGAAUUGCUUGCUGUUUCUGAGGUGUAAAUAAACGUUUUGAUUUAUGAUGUGGUUGCAAAGAAACUUGUAAUUUAUUUGUGAAAUGCUCAAAUAAAGGAUGUCUGGGCUUUUA